GCCAGACAGCUGGCUCCAGCCUCUCCUGCUCAGCACCAUGGUCGGGACCCUGAGUGAUCAUCUGCUAUCCACCCUGGAGGAGCUGGUACCCUACGACCUUGAGAAGUUCAAGUUCAAGCUGCAGACCACCAGUCUAGAGAAGGAGCACUCCCGGAUCCCCUGGGGCCAGCUCCAGACAGCCAGGCCCGUGAAGGUAGCCAGACUGCUGGUCGCCUACUACGGGGAGGAGUAUGCUGUGCGGCUGACACUGCAGGUCCUGCGGGCCAUCAACCAGCGCCUAGUGGCAGAGGAGCUCCACAGGCUGACUGGCCAGGAGUAUCCAAUACCAGAAAGUGGCACAGACAGUUCCACAGUCUCCUGUUCCGCUGCGGAGAAUAAGCUUAAGAGCCUGAAAAUAACAGACUGCCCCGACGGCGAUCAAGGCAGUGAUGCCGCCUGCCCGGCCUCCGGCCAGCCUGAGGCUGGGUGGGGGCCCCUCAGGAAACCUCUGGGCAAGCGGAGGGACCCCAAGGCCCCUGAGGGCCUAGAGGCGCUGGGCAGGCCAUUGCUCCAUGGCGCGGUGCUGCUGUCUAGGAGAGGCUCAUGCCCAGGCAAAGGGCCAGGACUCCCCGAGGUGAGCGCCAGGCUCCGCAGAAAUGCCAGUUCCGCAGGAAAUCUCCAAGGGCUCUGCAGUGGGGCUCCGGGGAGGAGAGAAUCCAAGAAAUACGAAGUAUAUUUACCUUCAGGAAAGAAGCGACCCAAAAGUCUUGAAUUUACCAUUCCUUCAGAGGCGAGAGAACUCUCAAAUCCAGAAACUCUUCAGAUUCAAGAGGAAAUGAGAACUGCAAAUCCAGACUCGGCAGCCACAUGUAGGGGAGUGGCCACUGUGGAUGUAGGGGCUACUGCCGCCCGGGAGAAAGGCUCCAGGAAUCCAGAACAUUCUGUGGUCCUGCAGGGAGGAACAUUAAGGAACACGCUUUCCGACACAUUAUUGGCUAGAGAGGAGAAAGCUACAGUACCCUGGGAGAAGAAUGGAACUGGGGGCCGGGAGACCCCUGAGACCAUGGGGAAGAUGGUGGGCACUGUGCUCCAUGAGUCUUCAAAUCCAGAGUCUUCAGGGAGCACACCAGGCAAGGCUUCCAGUCCUCUUUGCCAUGCCCAGGAAGGAGACCCAGUUGGUGGUUGUGUGCAGGAUUCCUGCAGCUGCCCGGGUGCUUCUGGGGAAUCCAAGGCCUCAGGCAGCCACUCACCCCGCUGCACCCGGUGCCAGGCAAGGAAGAACUCUGGAAGCCUGAGCCCCCAGCCCCUGCCGCAGUGUAAGCGCCACAUGCAGGUCCAGCUGCUCUUCUGUGAGGAUCACGGGGAGCCCAUCUGCCUCAUCUGCAGGCUGAGUCAGGAGCACCGAGGCCACCAGGUGCGCCUCAUCGAGGAGGUCGCACUGGAAUACAAGGAGCAAAUUCAGAAGCAGCUGGAGCAUCUGCAAGAGCUGAGAAAACAUGGGGAGGAGCAGAGAUCCCAGGGAGAUAAGAAGACGGCCUACUUCCUGAAACAAAUUGAAAUCCAGAAGCAGCGGGCACGGAGCCAGGUGGAGCAGCUCUGCAAGUUUCUGGAGCAGCAAGAGAAGGUCUUUGUGGCCUGGCUGGAGGAGCUGGGCCAGACCAUUGGCCAGGUCAGGGAGGCAUAUGGCACCCGCGUGUCCCAGGACAUCGCCCUGCUUGACUCACUGAUCGGGGAGCUGGAGGCCAAGCAGCGCCAGUCGGAAUGGGAGCUUCUGCAGGACAUCGGAGCCACCUUGCACAGGGCCAAGACGGUGCCUAUCCCUGAGCUGUGGGCCACUCCUCCAGAGAUGAAAGAAAAAAUGCACCUGUUCUACAAGAAAUCAGAGUUUGUGGAGAAGAGCAUGAGGCAUUUCUUGGAAACACUUCGUUCUGAAAUGGAAACAUUCAAUGUUCCAGAACUGAUUCGUGCUCAGGUUCAUGCUGUUAAUGUGAUUCUGGAUGCAGAAACCGCCCACCCCAAACUCAUCUUCUCUGAUGAUCUGAAGAGCGUAAGACUUGGAAACAAGUGGGAGUGGUUGUCUGAUGCCCCAGAAAGAUUCGAUAACUGCAUCAUUGCCCUGGGCUCUCUGAGCUUCCUUUCCGGCUGCUAUUACUGGGAGGUGGAGGUCGGAGACAAGACGGCAUGGGUCCUGGGAGUCUGCAAGUCAUCCCUGAGCAGGAAGGGGAGCAUAACUCUGACUCCGGAGAAUGGCUACUGGGUGGUGAUGAUGAUGAAGCGAAAUGAGUACCAGGCGUCCACUUGUCCCCCAAUCCGUCUGCUAAUGAAGGAGCCGCCCAGGCGUGUGGGCAUCUUCCUGGACUUCAAGGCUAGAGAAAUUUCCUUUUACAAUGUCACUGCCCGAUCCCACAUCUACACAUUCACCAGUGUCUCUUCCUCUACGCCCCUUCAGCCUAUUUUCAGCCCUGGGAUGCCUGAUGGAGGAAAGAACAUGGGUCCUCUUACCAUCUGUCCAGUGAAUGACGAGGGGCCUCACUGAAUGUCCAACACUUCAUCUCUCUUCUGGCUCCCGGCUUCGUACCUUGCAUUCACACACUCAACAGUCAUUAGGGAACAUCUUCUGGGUGCCAACUGCUAUAAGAAAUGUAAUAAAUGACAAAAUGGUUACUGUGCCCAAGAGCUUACCCACUCAUAGCAGAGGUAGGCUAGGUACAAACAUAUUGUUAAAUUAAGGGUGGAGACAACACAGGCACUGAUGACAUGCCGUGGAUUUCAGCAGAGGAAGUAUGUGGCUGUUGCAUAAUAAAUCACUGUAGGAAGUAGCACUCUCAGAUGCUCCUGAGGGAGAAGAUUCUGCCCCUGGCAAGGAUGUGUCCCCUUAUUCUAUCUGCCCCUGUCUUGAGGACCCAGGAAACCUAGACAAAACACAAGCAGACUGGAUUUUUAUAGAAGUAUUUGUGUGCCUGGAUUAAUGAA